AUGUUAUUGCGAAACUCCUGGGAUAAGGAGGACUCGGAGCUGUUCCAGUUGCUCAAGCUCACGCCUGUGGAGAUCUGGAACACGGAUCUCGACAAUUCCUCGAGGCAUACAGGGUAUGCCCACAAUGCCGAGCGAGACCAACGUAACGAGACAGACUCCACCGGGAAGAAAGUCAAGCGGAAGCAGGCAACGCUCAAGACUCGCAAGUCCUUGCCUGGCGCUGGCAAGCGUGAAGGCGAUGACGACGGCGACGACGACGGUUCGGACUACGACUUCAAGCCGACCAAAGCGGCGGCUAAGAAACCGCCACCCGUGUCCAAAGCCGCUCCCAAUGCCGCUGCCGCCUCGAAGUCCAAAGCGACAAAGCCGACCGUGGUCAAGCCUUCUGGGUCGACGAUCAAGAUGGAUGACGAUGACGACGAUGACCCUCCAUCUGCUCCUCUGCCGAAAAAGCGAGGAGCUGCUGCUGCCGCUGCGACGACGACGAAGAAGCCUGCGCCGAAGGACGAGUCGGAUUCGGAUAUUCAGAUGAUUAACGACGAUGAUGAUGAUUUUGAGUCUGUACCGCCACCACCGAAGAAGAAGCCUGCGCCUGCGAAGAAGAAAGUGGUGAAGUCUGAUUAUGACUCUGAUGGCGAUGUUGUGGCGGCUGCUAUCGCGAAGGGCAAGGGCAAAGCGAAGGCUCCACCCAAGCGGAAGAGCCCUGCGGACGACGAUGACAGCGAUGAUUCGGUCGUAAUCAAACCUGCGAAGAAGAAACAAGCCACCUCCCAAGCCGAAGUCACCGAUUUUUUCUCUAAGAAACCUCCUGCAAAACCUUCGACCGCCAGAUCCACGACGACCGCUCGCAAAGUCUCUUCCUCCACCGCUAUUACUAGCAGUAAAGGUAGCAAAGCGCCUGCAGCGAAGAAGGGCAAGAAGGCGGCGGACUCGGACGACGAUGAUGAGGAGAACGAUUUCUCGAGGGGAGGUGGUGGUGAUGAUUCGGAUUCGCUCCGCCGCCUAGGGCUGCGCCUGCGCGAGCGGCGAGAGGGAAGGCGAAGCCGGCGUACAUUUUUGAGCUUUCGGACGAUGAUGAUGAGUUCUAGGCUGAGUGUUGAGAAGUCGUACGGCCUGCAUUUCUAG